AUGUUUGCCCAUGCACUCUUGGCGUUGACUCUCGGGGCUUCGUCUUUUGCGACAGCUUCGGCACUACCACCCCAGGUGCCGGACGGAGAUGUUGUCCCCCUCCCAGCCUCUGUGGAUGUGAACAGCGUCGACCUCCACAACUUCACCGCUUCAGACGGAAACACGUACACCGUCUGGGUUGCCAAGAUGCAGAGCCCGGAGGACGUUCAGCCUACUGGUGCAAAUGACGACAGCAACCUUGUCCGUCGCUGGCAGUGGGAGCAUUGGCCCAACGGUGUUGACGCCUGCGGUGCUGCAAGCUUUCGAGACGAGACGUCAAACGGACCGCCGCUGACGGACCACUGCAUCUGUGUGCGGGACUACGCAAGAGACCAGCUCCGAGGUAGAUGGGCUUUCGGCCGUGACGACAAGCCAAACAAUGGCUGGUUUAACUUGGUCGGUUGCGGAGAAUGUGGCUUCCGCGUGUACACGGAUAACUUCUUUGGAGCCUUUGUCGGCGACACCGAUGUCAGGGACCUCUCUACCGAUUCGAUCAAUAGAUAUAACAGAGGUGGAAGGGUUGUGCGGGUGGGGACAUGGGUUGCCGCAACUGGGCAGAGCUCGCCAAGGUUCAUUGGAGUGUCUUCCGCCAAAUAG